CAUUAAAAUCCGGAAUCAAAUAUUCUCAUUCUAUUUUCACGGUCUCUUUUCACUUAUUAUGAUAUUAUAUGGUAUUUUGAAUUUGACUCGAUCUAAAACCUAUUUGCGUUAUAAAUCUAGUUCCCUUUCUUCAAAGAAGGAUUUAUUAUUUGAGUCGCUAGUGUAAUUUGUGAGUUUAUUAUUUUGGUUUACCGGAUGUUGUCACGAAGCAACGUUAUUGUUUAAAGAUGGCGACGGCCUGUAACAUCUAAUCCUUGAGAGAAAAGAAAUACAGUAUGCCUGUAAAGAAGAAGGGGAAAAAGGGCAGUGGCGGGAAGAAAAAAGGAAAGAAAGGAGGAAAGAAGGCUACAAAAUCCAGACCUACUUCACAGAGUUCUAAUGACACUCGUGUUGACAACAGACCUCCUUUACUUCGCCCAGGAGAAAAGCUUGUUGACCUUCUGAAGUCCCAUCCCGUCGAUGAGAAGGAAGUACACGGAAUCAAAGUCACCACAAGAGUUUUGGAUCAACUCACUCCACAAGAAGUCCGAGAUCUUAGAGGCGUUUUCGAUAUAUUCGACACCAAUUCUGAUGGUUUAAUAGGUUCCAUUGAUUUGCGGAAAUGUCUACGAACACUUGGUUUCAAAGUGUCAAAGGAUGAAGCUGCUCAGAUGAUUCAUGAUGUCAAUUUGAAAGGGAAAACCGAAAUUGACUUCAACGAAUUUCUGGAAAUAAUCAUAGACAGGCAAGGGGAUACCAGAGAUAUCUAUGAUGAAAUCCUCAAAGGUUUUGAAAUGUUCGAUUAUGACAGUACAGGCCACAUUUCGCUGGAGAAACUUCGCAGAGCUUGCAAUAACGCCGGGAUCAAGUUCACUCAGAAAGAACUGGAAGAGAUGAUGGAGGAAGCAGACGUGAACGGAGACGGCCAUGUUGACCAAUCAGAGUUCAUUCGUAUCAUGCUUCAGACCAACCUCUUUUGAUUGGACGAUGAGGUCGUCAAGAUAGAUUUAAAUGGGAAGACAAAGUUGACAAGAUGUAAAGAUGAAUGACAAUCAUAUUAUUUUUUUCAGAUUCAAAUAGGAACUAUUUUGUAAUCUAUUCAGACUUUAUCAUUACUCAGAACCUGCUUGCAGAGCAAUUCCUCUACUGCCAUACUCUAAAUUCUUAUACUAGUACUAUUGGAUAUCUCCAAAAAUGGACCUUGUUUUUGCUAGGCCUAACAGUGACGGGGAUAAAAGACAAAUAAUAUGAGUCCAAUUUGUUGCCUAUAUCUUCUAGUGUGUUUUUCUUAUGAUCUUCCACUUGUCUUUAAAGAUUAAAAAAAAGCAGAGGUUCUAAAAGUCCCAUCAAUCAAUGUGGAAGAAAAUUUUAACAUAAAGUUAAUCAACGUUUUAACUUUGCAGAGUAUUCACUUGCUGAUUUUUCCAUAGUGUCGGGUCAGUUAUUGUAUACGAUUUAGGAAAUUGACUAUUUCUCCUAGCUUGUUUUUUACAGAGAUCAGAUACGUGUGCUUUGUGUUUCCUUUAUGUGGAAGAAUGUGUAUCAGGGAUGGGGGGGGGGGGGGCAUGUUUUCUUAUUUAUUUGCCAACUGGUUUGUUUUGAAUUACCAUCCUGUGAACAUUUUUAUUUAGUCAACGAAACUGGAAAUAUUGUGUUGUGAUGUAUGUCGUGGAAGCUUACAGGGAGCAUGCUGCAAUAACAGUAAUGUGAAAGUGCUUGUUCAAAUGUGUGUGAGGUCAAAAUAAAAUAUAUGAAUG